GUGAUGGAUUAUUGAAAAAUUUCGUUUUCACCAUGGAACAAAGAAAACGCCAGUCGGAAAUGAGGAGAGGAUAUCUGGUCGGAUGCGUAUUUGCUGUGCUUUUGUGGACUGUAGCAUCAGCGCAGUUGCGAUACUCGAUCUCCGAGGAGGUUAACGAAGGAACUGUGGUUGGAAACAUAGCAAGAGAUCUGGGAUUAGAUAAAAACACGUUGAAAGACCGGAAGUAUCGGAUUGUUUCAAGUAAUGCGGACCCCCUUUUCUAUGUGAAUCCAAACGAUGGUGUUCUGUAUGUGAGCAGAAAGAUUGACAGAGAGGAAGUGUGUGCAGAGAGCAGUGCGUGUGUAAUAAAUGUUAAAACUGUGCUAGAAAACCCACUGGAGGUCCAUUAUGCUAGAGUAGAAGUGCUGGAUAUAAAUGAUCAUUCACCCAGCUUCCAAGACAACCAGACAACCCUUGAGAUCUCAGAGUCAGUAUUACCCGGGACACGAUUUCAGCUGAAAGCAGCACGUGACCAAGACAGUGGAGAGUUUUCCGUGCAGCAGUAUAAACUUAGCAACAACGAUCACUUCCGAUUGGAAAUUAAGGAUAAAGGAGAUGAUGGAAAAAUACCUAUUUUAGUUGUUCAAAAAUCCUUAGACAGGGAAACUGCAGGAAGCCAUGUAUUAUCACUGACGGCGCUGGAUGGGGGUAAACCUCCGAAAUCAAGCGAAAUGAAUAUUCUGGUAAAUGUUCUUGAUAUUAAUGAUAACGCUCCUGCUUUCUCUAAAGAUGAUUAUUCUGUUACACUCAAUGAAAAUACACCACUUGGUACAAUAGUCGUACAAGUAAAUGCAAUAGACUUAGAUGAUGGACCUAACGGAGAUGUAGUUUAUUCAUUUGGUAAGAGUAUAAAUCAAAAAGAUUUAAAUCUCUUUGCUAUCAGUCCAUUAACAGGAGAGUUAAGCGUUAAAGGAUUGAUAAACUAUGAGGAGAGGGAAAAAUACGAAAUAGAAAUCCAGGCGUCAGAUAAAGGUAUGGCUCCUCUAACUACAGAAAAGAGCGUAAAAAUAAAGAUUGUUGACUUGAAUGAUAACACACCUGAGAUUGAGGUAACAUCACUUUCAAGCUCAAUACCAGAAGAUUCCAGACCUGGAACUACAGUAGCUCUUAUUAGUGUAAACGACUUGGAUUCUGGUCUUAAUGGAAAAGUUAUUUGUUUCGUAGGUGACGAUGUUCCGUUUGCUUUAUCACCAUCUUUACAGGAUAAGAUGUUUUCAUUAGUGACCAAAUCCCCUCUGGACAGGGAAAAACAGUCACAAUAUGAGUUGACAAUAACGGCAAAAGACGCAGGUCAGCCUCCGUUAUCAUCUGAAAAGACAAUAAGCGUUACGGUGUCCGAUGUGAAUGACAACAGUCCAGAGUUUUCACUCAGCCCAUAUACUUUCUAUGUUACUGAGGGGAAUAAUCCAGGAGCUUCAGUGUUUUCUGUUAAAGCCUCUGAUCGUGAUGAGAAUGACAAUGCGCGCAUUUCCUAUCAUAUUAUCAGAGACGGAAGUGAAGAUAAUAAAUUCACUUCAUUUCUAAACAUAAACUCUGAAAAUGGGGAAAUUUUAGCGCUGAAAAGUUUUGAUUUUGAAACGCUGAAAACUUUCCAGUUCCAAGUUGCUGCCUCAGAUUCUGGAACUCCGCCACUAAGCAACAACGUCACAGUCAACGUCUUCAUCCUGGAUCAGAACGACAAUGCUCCAGUCAUCCUGUAUCCACUCAGCUCCAACGGCUCUGCUCAAGGUGUGGAGGAGAUUCCCCGAAACGUCAACGCAGGACACUUAGUGACUAAAGUCAGAGCCUAUGACGCUGAUAUAGGAUAUAACGGUUGGUUGCUCUUUUCACUGCAAGAAGUUACUGACCACAGUCUCUUUGCUUUGGACCGCUAUACAGGACAGAUCAGAACACUUCGCUCAUUCACAGAGACUGAUGAGGCUGAGCAUAAACUGCUCAUACUGGUCAAAGACAACGGCAACGUUUCUCUCUCAGCAACAGCUACUGUGAUUGUCAAACUUGUGGAGCCCAAAGAGGCUUUUGCAGCUUCUGAUGUUAAAGGUGCAGCAAAAGAUGAUGAGGACGACAAUAACGUGAUAUUUUACCUCAUGAUAACUUUGGGCGCAGUUUCUGUACUGUUUCUCGUCAGCAUCAUCGUGCUGAUUGCAAUGCAGUGCUCCAAAUCCACAGACUAUACUUCUAAAUAUCUGCCAGAGACUAAUUAUGAUGGGACACUGUGUCACAGCAUCCAGUACAGAUCAGGAGAGAAGCGGUACAUGCUAGUUGGACCCAGAAUGAGUAUAGGAUCUACUAUAGUUCCGGGCAGUCAUGCAAAUACACUAGUGCUUCCUGAUAGGAGACGCACAUCUGAAGAGGUAAGGAAUAUUCAACAUUUUCCAAUUAAAUAA